AUGGCGUCAACGCAGGACGCUUGGUAUAUUUCUUUACUUGGUUUAGCAGAACAUUUUCGUACAUCUAAUCCCCCUGACAUAAAAAGUUGUAUUCAAUGUUUACAAGCUGUUUUUAAUUUCAAACCACCUCAAAGAGUGGAAGCCAGAACCCAUUUACAACUUGGGAAUAUCCUUUUGACACACACUAAAAACAUCGACUUGGCGAGAACUCAUUUAGAGCAAAGUUGGUGUUUAUCUCAAAGUAUCAAUGGAUUUGACGAUGUUAAGUUUGAAGCAGCGAGUGUUCUUGCUGAUUUGUUUGAACAACAGGGUCAGCCAACUCAUUCAAAGCCUAUAUUACGAAAGGCGAUUGAAUUAUCACAACACAGUGUUUACUGGCACUGCAGGCUCAUAUUCCAACUAGCACAAAUUCAUGCAACAGAAAAAGAAUAUGAAGUAGCAAGUAGUCUACUAGGAGUAGGUGUGGAUUAUGCCCAAAUAUCAAAUUCUGCUUAUACAAGGGUGCUUUUUCUCUUAAGUAGGGUUAUGUUACUGUUAAUAGAUAAGAAGAUUCAAGAAGUUUUACCAUUAUUAAAUCAAGCCGGACAUCUUGUCGAGUCCUGGGUCGGAAGUCCACACCAAAAGGAAUACCUUAAAGUAUUCUUUCUUGUUUUACAAGUGUGUCACUAUUUAAUGGCUGGACAAGUCAAGAGUGUAAAACCCUGUCUAAAGCAAUUACAGCAAAGCAUUCAGACAAUUAUGGCACCAACGUGGCCUGAUGAUGACACGGUAUGCGGCGGCAGUCCCGGAGGCGAGUCCUUCGUGUGGCUGUCUCGGCAGCAGCUGUACGUGCUGGUCUACUUGGUGACGGUGAUGCAUUCGGCGCAGGCCGGCUACAUGGACAAGGCGCACAAGUACACGGAGAAGGCCUUGGCUCAGAUCGACAAGCUCAAUUGCAACGAAGAGCCAGGGUUGGUCAACGCGGGUCGUGGCGCCGGCCGGCGAGGGGGCGCAGCCCUGGCCUGGCGUCUACGAAUGGCUCUGGUGGAGCACGCGGCCUUGUGCCGCCUCGUGGCCGGAGGCAAAGCCAAUGCGUUGCAGGAGAUCGCGCGGGCUGCCCAUCUGCUCACGCACCCUCCGGAUGCCCAGUGCGCAGCUGCUCAUACUCCCCAACUGCACUGCCUGCUGGGCCUGUACGCCAUGUCCAUGAAUUGCAUGGACGCCGCCGAGGCGCAGUUCCACACCGCCAUACACAUGUCACAAGAGAGAGAUCUGUGGAUGUUUGCGAAAUUGAAUCUGGCUAUUGUGUAUCUACGAGGACGGAGAGAUAAUGAUUUAGCCCAAAUUAUGGAACAGGUGCGUCCCGAAGCAUUACCUGCGUACGCGCACGGCCUUCGCGCCGCGUCUUACUAUGUUCUAGGCCUACAGGCCUUCUUCCAGGCGAGAUAUAAUGAAGCCAAACGGUAUUUACGUGAAACGUUGAAGAUGGCGAACGCCGAAGACCUAAAUCGUCUUACGUCCUGCUCACUCGUGCUCUUGGGCCAUAUCUUCCUCUCUAUCAACAAUUCCCGCGAAAGCAUGAAUAUGGUGACACCUGCUAUGCAAUUGGCGAGUAAAAUACCGGACGUGCACGUGCAAUUGUGGGCGUCGGCUAUUCUCAAAGACCUCUACCGUCUCGCGGGCGACUCGGAGCGCGAGAACGAAGCGUAUCAAAUGCACUGCAAUUUCUCCCAGGCGCUGCUCAAAGACCAUUUCCAGGCCACGCAGCUCCCUCAACACGCCCUUGUGAAUUGGACUAGCGGCCCACCCCCGGCUUUGCCCGCACCUAGCGUUAGUCACACGUAG